CCCAUCUUUCCAUCCAUCCCUUCAUUUUCGUUUCUUCCCUUCACACAACUUUCUCUUUCUUCCCUCUCUCUUUCCCUUUUUCUCCCUUUCCCUUUCGCUUUCUCUCUCCGCCACCACCUCACCUUACCUCAUCUUCUUCAACAAUGAAAGACGAUUGGUUUUCAGCAGCAAUCACCAACGAUAAUAUAGUUGCAGGCCUUCUUCUUCGCUUAAAAGAAUCUCCAUAUCCAUCUUCUUCUACUACCUCUACACGACCAGCUUCAUUCAUUCUUAAACCUCUUCCUCCUUCAUGGGGUUUACGUCUUCCUCGUUCUAAACCUAAUACGACGUCGUCCUCUUCACUUGGUGCCGUUGUUUGUGACGGUAUUAAAAAGCGACGAGAAAGUACUAGGCGUAGUCCUACUACUCCUCUUUCUUGGAGUUGCGGCGGCGCCUCCCCUAGUGACGGUUGUGAUGAAUCUCUCUCCUCUCACCAUAUUCUUCCUCCACCGUCCGAUCGGUUCAGAUCCAAGAUUACUGCUUCCACUGAAACCCCUUCAACCACUACAGGCAAAAGACCUAAAAGGAAGAAGACAUUUGCUGAGCUUAAAGAAGAGGAGAAUUCUUUAUUGAAGGAGCGAACAAUCUUGAAAAAGGAAUUGGCUUCAAUACGCCUAUCAGUGAAAGAGCAAAGAUCAAUAAAUGAAAAUUUGAAAAGAAUUAAGCUCGACUUACAAGUCAAAUCCCGAAUAAAAUCAGAAGCAAAUUCAGUUGAUGAACGCAAUAACGAUAACACGAACAAUAGAACAUCUGAAGCAGCCUGUUCGAGUGUAACAAGACAAGCCAAUAAAACCGAUGAUGCUUCAGAGCCUGAAUCACAAAAACGCGCAACAUCACAAGAGUCGCUAUUUGUGCUACCGGACCUAAAUAUGGCCCCGGAAGAGGAUACAACCGGUGGAAUGAGCUGAGGAAACGCCUUUUCUUUUAGAAAUCUCGUGUCUAAAUAUUCGAAACUAACUGUUGGUAAGGUUUAUUGGCAAUUUAUUCGUCCUUCGCGCAGGUGUAAUUACAGCAGGAGUUAGGGGAUUCACUUGGUUGUUACUGCCCAGAUACUAAUACAAAUCUGGGUAAUCCUUGGGAAAAAGUUUAGUAUUCUUAGUCAGAUAGAUAUACGAAGAUACUUCAGAUUUUCUACGUUCUUUGGAACAAAAUACGUAGAGAUGUGUAUUUUGUGCCUUGAUAUUCUUUGCUUAGGUACUAAGAACAGUAGGUGUACAAUACUUAUUAGAAUCUAUCUAAUUUUACAACAUAAUUCUCCUUUUGCUUCAUUCCAUGCAUUUUCAUGUAUGAUUGAUUAAUAGCAAAAGCAACUUUUGUCUCAUUGAGAAAA